CCUGUCAUCAAGACUGAAUUGGAGAUCAUCAGAAAACUUCUUGAAACUGGCGCUGGUGUUUUCCUAAAGACGACACACAGAGCUGAUAUCCUUGUCGUAGCAGUGAACAUAGGCAGUUACGAGCUCGUUAAUUUGCUGUGUCAACAUGGCGCCAACCCAAACACUCAAUCCGGUAAACCUCCACAUCAGAAUGCUGUAAUGUCAGCCGCAGAAAGGGGUCGAUGCGACUUGCUGAAAGUUCUGAUGAAGCACAACGCCGACAUUCACUGUAACAAUCGGGCGCGAUACCCGCUGUACCUUAACUCCCCAAUUGAGAUGGCUUUGCAAAGUGGCGAGGUGAAUGCUGUCAAGCUCCUGCUGAGAAGCGGAGCAGUUGUCAACGUAGAGGCGGGGCUACACAUUGCAGUGACACAUAGACGUUUGCACUCUCUGAGAUUUUUGGUCGGUGCGUUUUCAGAUCUUGCUCGAUCCGCCAUUCACAAUUAUAGCAUGGGUCUUAUACAUAAAGCUGUUGAGACGGGAGACGUCGAUAUUAUCAACACACUGCUGGACCUUGGGUCUGAUGUUAACUGUUUGUUUGAUGAGAGGACUCCACUCAUGAACGCUGAUACACCCGAAGUUAUGGAAUUGUUAAUCAAGAGAGGAGCAGACGUCAACAAGCAGAAUGACCAGAGGAGUCAAAUUAAUAUCUUAUCUUACGUAAUAUUUAGAGAAUUUAAUAAGCAAAUCCAAAGAGAUCUGAAACAAAAAUAUGGAUGGAAAGACGAAUCCCCUUCAUCGUAUAUACAUUUAAAAGACAUGAUGGAAAUACUUUUGAGAAGUGGAGCAAAAGUGAACGAUACAGAUUUUAUUGGACAGACACCAUUGAUGGUGGCAGCUAAACACUCUGAUGCCGAAGGUGUGUUAAAGAUCUUGGUCGAAGCUAGAGCCGAAGUGAACAAAGUGGAUUCUAAGGGUGUCAGUGCUUUGCACGAAGCCGUGGUAGGUGGCUGUCUGAAGAAUGUGGAAAUUUUAAUUGAAUUAGGAGCAGAUGUGAACCAGAAGUGCAAUGACGGUCGCACGGCUCUGCACGCCGCUAUACAUAACGAAGCCAUCUUGGGAUAUUUGAUAAAGAAUGGCGCAGACCUUGAUGCGCAGGACGCGAGUGGAAACACGGCGCUACUAACAGCGGUCAAUAGCAAUCACGAUAAAAGCAGUGCAGGAGUUUUGGGAAUAUUACUUGGCGCCGGAACUAACGUGAAUCAUCGAAACGCAGAUGGUGAAACGGCUUUAAUGAAAGCUGCGUGUUGUCUAAAUGACGAAGCAAUCAAAGCUCUGUGUGAAGCUAAUGCCGAUGUCAAUAUUCGCAGUCUGGACAACACGGAGGACGCCAUCUCUAUUCUUGUUGGCAGACUGUGUAGAACACACAAGACUCAUGGUGAAGUCCGUGACGCAAUUUUUUAUCUGCUCGACCGUGGAGGAAGUUCUUCAUCUGUCAGUCUUCAAAAUCUUUACUAUUUCAUAUCGAACGGUUGUUUGACCGUUGUCCAGGGACUUGUAGAAGCUGGCCUGGGACCAGGCGAUAUUGACGCUGAUCAAUUACAGUUUAGGCACAGAGGUCUUCGAAGUGGCAAAUAUGUCUCCCCGUUUUGUUUCGCUCUGCUGUGCAAUGAAGUGAAACUAGCCCGUUACUUCUCGGACAUUUGGUAUUUGACCAACUCAGACGUGACAGCACUGGCCCACGACAAAAGCGCCCGUCUGCGUCUUGAGUACAAUCAUCACAAUGAGAGUCUUAAAUUUCUGGAGGAAUUCGUGUCAGAACCGAUGUCCCUACAAAAAUUGUGUUUUGUCGCCGUCUCUACUUCAAUAGGAACGGGACCAGGCAGAGAGCGAAAAAUCCGAGAUCUUCCUCUGCCCAACAAGUUCAAGGACAAACUGAGGUUUAGUGGAGGUUGUGCACCG